GAACCUUUGGUAAAGACAAAAUCUUGUCCCUCAACUCAACCCUCUAUAAUUACGUUAUCUAAGCUCAAACCCAAAGCAUUAAUCCAAAUUUGAUCUUUCAACAAAUACAAGACAAAAAAAGCCCGCGCAGUAGACUGGUGGAAUAGAUGGGUCGGCCUCCGACUAAUGGCGGCCCCGCCUUUCGUUUCACCCAAACUGAGGUUGCGGAGAUGGAGACUACUCUCCAAGAGCACCAUAAUCAGAUGCCUGCUCGAGAGAUCCUUUUAAGUCUUGCGGAUAAGUUCAGUGAGUCAGCAGAUAGGAAAGGGAAGAUUAUUGUGCAAUUUAAGCAAAUAUGGAAUUGGUUCCAGAACAGGCGCUAUGCAAUAAGGGCAAAAUCAAGCAAAGAUCCACUUCCCGGGAAGUUAAACAUUACAUCUAUGCAUCGGGAUGAUUCCAAUCCCAUGAGAAAUGUGCCUGAGCCUGUUGCUGCUCCCAUGCCUUCCCAUAUUACGGCUCCAAUGGCUGCUUCUACAGUUCCAGGUGUUGGAAGGCACGUGUCAGAUUCUUAUAUGGAGUUUGAAGCUAAAUCUUCAAGGGAUGGUGCGUGGUAUGAUGUUGCAACCUUUGUGGCCCAUAGAUAUUUGGAUACAGGCGAUCCGGAAGUAAAAGUUCGGAUUGCUGGUUUUGGACCAGAGGAGGAUGAGUGGGUUAACAUUCGCAAGCAUGUCAGGCAGCGGUCCCUCCCAUGUGAAGCAUCUGAGUGUGUUGCAGUCCUUCCCGGGGAUCUUGUACUGUGUUUUCAGGAAGGUAAAGAUCAGGCUCUUUACUUUGAUGCCCAUGUCCUCGAUGCACAAAGGCGGAGGCAUGACAUACGAGGUUGUCGUUGUAGAUUUCUGGUGCGCUACGAUCAUGAUCAGUCAGAGGAAAUUGUACCUCUGAAGAAGAUCUGCCGUCGGCCAGAAACUGAUUACAGAUUGCAGCAACUGCAUGCCGCAAGUAACUUGACAUUCCAAAAUCAACACAAAAGUAGCACUGAUCAUUCUGCUGCUCCUGCACCAAAGGCUAUCGGUUCAUCAUCGGAAGCAAUGCAGAAGAAGCCAAAUCUAGAUCAACCCAGAACAGCCCCGGAUUCACAUAUUAAUGUUUUUGUAGCUGCACAACAUACAAAUCAAGAAUCUAAGGUUCCAGGAACAAUGACUACUAAUGUGACUGAUCCUGGAAUUUCCCUCAUCGACAAUGCUGUGGCUGCUGCUGCCAUUAGCACCAGUGUUGGUCAAAACACGCAGGAAGCGAAGUUAUAAGUGGUUCGAUUUCAGAGACUGACGUACAAUGGGACAAAGGUCCCUUAGGAUAAUAUUAUGUAAUUAGCAAAAUUCGAGUUUUUCAUGAAUGA